AUGGGCCCCAGGAUACAAAUAAAACACGGGGGACGGCAAACCGCCGAGGAGAAAAAGUUAGAAGCGAAGUACGACUUGUUGAGGAAGAAAAAAGAACUGAAACUCGCGAAGAAGAUGGUCAAAGACGCGGAGAAGAAAGCGAAAACGGAGAAGACGAUGAAGAAGAACGAACGCGAGGACGACGAAAAGGACGACGAAAAAGGUGAAGAAUCUCUCGACGGGAAGAAGAAGACAAACGGAGGAGAAGGAGAGGAAGACGUGAUGAAAGAAGGAGGAGAGGAAAAGAAGAAGACGACGAAAGCGAUGAAACGACCGGGACAACAACAAUCUCAACAACAACAGAUGAUUUUAAAGACCACGAUGAAAGAAGAAGGAGAUGAUGGAACAAACACCGCCGAAAACGAGAAAAAUGAAGAAAAAGCGGUUGGAGCGAAGACGACGAUUCAGACGAGGACGACGACAUCGAGAAACAACGGAGAAGAUGAAGACGAUUCGAAGAAAACGGUUGAGGAGGAGAAAGGAGAAAAAGAAGAAGCAAUGAUGACGAGAAAGGACGCGACGACGACGACGGAGGGAGAGCAGCAAAAGCGGAAAGACGAAGGAAAGGCGAAGGAAAGCACCGGCGCCAUGAAAAUUACGUUCAAGAAGAAAGCGCCGGCGGACGCUUCGAAAGAAGACGCGAGCGCGUCUGCCGCCUCCAAGAAGAAGAAGAAAGAAGAAGAAGAAGAUCCGGUGGCGAAAGCGAUCGCCAAAGCUAAGCUCGUGAUGCAGAAAGAAAACGAACGGAGAGAAAAGGAGGAGAAGGAGGCGGAGUUGAAGAAAAAAAUGAAGGAGGAAGAAGAGGCGAGGCGGAAGGAGGAGGAAGAGCGAGCAAACGCGGUUCCGAAAAUUAUCGUUCCGAAGUUUGGGAAAAAGCGAGAGUUGGAUCCGGAAUGGUUGAAACAGGAAAACGAACGGUACGAGCGAGAACAGAAAGAACGAGAAGAGCGAGAGCGGAUAGAGAAGGAAGAGGCGUUGAAGCCGAAGAAACGACAGCAGAAACGACCGAAACUGGCGCCGAAGAAACUUUUACCGCCGGUGCCGAAAAUCGUCCCCGGCGUCGGAAACCUCGAGGAAGGAAACCUCGACACCGAGGCCGGUGAUAUGGCAGGAAGUGAAGGAGCGACGGUAAAUGGAGAUGUCGAAGCCGGUGAAAUGGCCGUCUUGGACGACGAAACCGCGAAAGCCGUCGGCGUCGGUCAGAAAAUACACGAAGAAGUCGACGACCACGAAGACGACGAUCAUCGUGGAGAUUCAGGCACGGAAGUAUUCGUCGGUGGUAUUCCACCCGAAGCGAACGAACGCGACGUCGGCGACGCGUUCUCGCGUUUUGGAAAGGUCUCAAAAGUUCGUUUGUUUGAUAUGCAGUCGUACGGUUUCGUAAAAUUUUACGGCGUUAAAUCCGCCGCCGCGGCGGUGAAACAUUACGAAGGCUGCGACGGUACCGGCAACAACCCAAUAGAAGAUCCAGUGCUCAUCUGCGACGCACCGGUAAGUAUCGUCGAAUUUGCAGCUUCCGGUAAAGACCUCGUCAUACAAAAAGCGAAAGAAAUAGCGACGAAGAAGCGCGAAGGCGAAUCCGUCGAAGAAGAUGAAGCGGCGAAAGCGAAAGCGAGAGAGGUCAUGACGUACGAAGUGAUUUAG